AGUAUAUAUAUUUAUAUUAUUGCAAAACUGUCUCAGAAAAAAAUACGUCUAUUUUUGGCUUCACUAAAUCAAUCUUUUUCAUUCACACAUGUUCAUUCAUUGUUUGUUGUGCAUCAAUGAUUUUGUCGGUCGCUUCCCUUUUUCAGGUUAUUUAAGCUGAAUGAUUUACCUGCAAUCAUGCAUUAACAUUUCAAUUCAUAUAUACUAUGUCUAUGUUCAUACAAAGAAUAUUUGUAUGGUUUUUAUUGGCCCAGUUUUUUAUUACAGGCCAAUCUUAUCACUGUGGUGGACAAUUCUGGUCAUCCAAGUUGCAAUUUUUAUCAGCAUAUGUACCGUGCAGAAUCCAAAAUGAUCAUCCUGGAUUGGUGACAUUGCCAUCGGAUAAUUUUCAGUUGGCAAGACAACCACAGGAUGACCGUUUUGAAUCGAUUUAUCUUCGUGGUACGAGAAAUCAUCGAAUAUUCCAUAAUCUCAAAGUAGAUCCAGAAUUACAACGAAUACGUUCAAUCCGUAGCGAUCGUGACAAAAAUGGACGUCAUUCUCUACAUUUAAUGUUCUGGAAUAAUCGGUGAUAAUUUGUUCAAGCUCAUUUAAAAUAAUCGGAAGGUAAGUAGAAUGACUAGAGCAUGUUAGAUGUUUGUUUGGCCUUUUUCUGGAUCUGUUCGUGUUUCAUUGACCGGCGGCUGCUGAUGCUGUUGGAAUGUAUGUUUCAUUUCCUGUUGUCGUACGAACGUAUACAUAGUGGA